CGAGUGUGUGUGAGCCGAGUGUGUGAGAGCCGAGUGUGAGAGCCGAGUGUGUGUGAGCCGAGUGUGUGAGCCGAGUGUGUGAGCCGAGUGUGUGAGCUGUGGCAGUAACAAUGCCUUCAGUUCAGUAUCUGAGAGAGUUUAUCAACGAGCGACUAACUGCUGCUGCUGAACAAAUAUUCUUGGAGUUUGAAAAAACGAUCGUCCAGUACGAGGAAGAGAUCGACCGUCAGCGCAGACUGCUGGAUAUCACCUGGAAACCCCAAAUCAAGCUGCACAGGACAGACGUCCCACAGCAGCAGGUCUGUGAGGAGGAGGAGGAGGUUCUCCCUGAGCAGCAGCUCUGGAACCAGGAGAGGAGCUCCAGUGUGGACCAGGAGGAACCAGAACCUCCACAGAUUAAAGAGGAACAGGAGGAACUGUGCAGCAGUCAGGAGGGAGAGCAGCUGGGACUGAAGGAGGAGACUGAAGUUCAUAAUGAUCCUGUGCAGUACGAGGAAGAGAUGGAGCGUCAGCGCAGACUGCUGGAUAUCACCUGGAAACCCCAAAUAAAGCUGCACAGGACAGACGUCCCACAGCAGCACGUCUGUAAGGAGGAGGAGGAGGAGGUUCUCCCUGAGCAGCAGCUCUGGAACCAGGAGAGGAGCUCCAGUGUGGACCAGGAGGAACCAGAACCUCCACAGAUUAAAGAGGAACAGGAGGAACUGUGCAGCAGUCAGGAGGGAGAGCAGCUGGGACUGAAGGAGGAGACGGAUACCUUUAUGGUGACUGCUGCUGAGGAAGGAGAGCACAGUGAACCAGGGGGAGACGAGGAGCAGCUCCUCUGUCACAGCUUUGCUGGAGCUGAGAGCCAGGAUCAGGAAGGAGGCAGGAGUGCAGACUCAGGACCGACUAGAAUUAUAUAUCGAAUUCACUGUAACAAUCCUGCACACGCUCGCAUGUUAGCGCGUCAGAAGAACUCUGACGCAGGUAAAAAGACUUUAAAGUGUGAUGUUUGUGGAAGAGCCUUCAAGAAAAAAUGCCAAGUCAAAGAGCAUCGCAAAAUCCACACAGGAGAGAAACCGCAUUCCUGUAAAGUAUGUCAGAGAAGUUUUACUCAAAAGAGCACCAUGCUGCGCCACAUGAUAAUCCACACUAAGGAGAAGUCGUACUCCUGCCUGACGUGUGGAAAGACCUUCAGUCAGAGCGGGAAUCUGUACGUCCACAUGAGGAUCCACACAGGCGAGAAGCCAUAUUCCUGUAAAACAUGCGGGAAAACGUUCGCACGGAGCAAUCACAUGUUACGCCACAUGAAGACUCACACGGGGGAGAAGUCGUAGUCCAGAACUUUCCAAGCUGGAAAACCAUCAAGCAUGCAUUCAGGUUCAAACACAGUUUUUAGACUCCAGCAGCAGUUUGUUGGAGUCGCUCUGUGCGAGGUUGGUCACAUGAUCAGUUUGACUUGGGGGAGGGGUGCUCAUGUAUUAAUUUACUUUUCUUCUUCUAGAAAAUAUCACGUCGAGUCUUGGAACACUACGUUUGUUAGUAUGAAUGAGAGGCGGUGAGUUGUGAUAUGAAAUGAUGAAGAGAUGGAAGUGAAGCUAUUCUUCUGUAAGGCGACUGUUCCUGUGUGCAGCUGAGCUGUGCUGAAGUUUCACUGA